CAAAAUGCAACUUUGACGUUAACCAUCAUUGUCAUAAGUUCUGAAAUGUGUACAAAAUUUUUCGUGUAAUGUUUCAAAAGUGUCACACAAACGAGCAAUGCUAAAUUAUUACCGUGGAAAAUUUUAAACCAAAAAAAAAACAAUGGACGACUCCAGUUCGAGCGACAACCUGCGCCGCAACAUGCGCAGAGACGUGGGCACGGGCUGCUGCCCGUCUAGCUCCAGCUCUAUGCGCGGCAACAAGAAGUGCAAGGAAACGAAGGAGAAGGAGCACUGCGACUGCUGCUUGUGCAACAAAAAGGUGAAGGCUAGUUUCGCGCUGGCCUGGGUGGCCGACACCGAGGGCACUUGCACGCUGCCGCAGGGCUUUCAGUUCGACUACAUCGACACCAUGGAUAAGGUCGAGAAGAAACGGAAAGAAUUCGAGGACUGGAUGAAGAAGGCGCCCAUAGCCGACUGCAUGAACUUGGUCAUGCAAGAAGGAACGGGCAAAUUUUCAGUCGCCAACGGCAUCGAUACCGACAGUUGCAAUUGCGGAGGAGAUGAAGUUAGCUCGCUAUUUAAAAAGAAAUGCAGUGUUCCUCAACCUACUUGGUGCUGGAACCCACAAACAUAUAGCUGGUCAAUGGUGAACAAUAAUGGUGGCAGUGGCUUUUGUUAAUAAGUUUGUGUAGUAUUUGUAUACAAAUCUGUAUUUUUUAUCCUCAAAAGUAAUAAACUGUCAAUUUUCUCUAA